AUGAGUUCGGAAGAAGCAAUUCCCAAGAGGACCGAUUUUAAAUAUAAGAUUGGGAAGAUCAAGCAAACACCGCCAGUGCUAAAAGAUGACAGAACUGGAAUGGAAUACAUAGAACUCAAGCUAAGGCAAACCGAACACGUUUAUGGCUGUACUGUAUUCCAAGGGCAUUACAAGGAGGAAAAAAAGCUUGGUCAGGGAACCUUUGGCGAAGUGUAUCGCGGUGUUCAUCUGGAAACGAAACGACAAGUAGCAAUGAAGAGGACUAUUGUCAAAGCCGAGAAAGAUCUGUUUCCAAUCACAGCACAACGUGAAAUCACAAUUUUGCGGAAAUUGAACCACAAAAAUGUCAUAAAGCUUAUAGAGAUGGUGUAUGACUAUCCUCUGACAAAUACAGAUGGCAGCACUAGUGGCUCGGCGGUGCCCAACGCUUCGCCUUCGAAAUCUUUCUAUAUGAUUCUGCCCUAUAUGGUUGCAGACAUGGCAGGUAUACUGCAUAACCCUCGCAUUAAGUUGGAAUUGGGCGCCAUAAAGAACAUCCUCUUGCAAAUAUUUGAGGGUGUCAACUACAUCCAUUGUCAAAAAUACAUGCAUCGUGAUAUUAAAACUGCUAAUCUACUUGUGGAUCAUAAGGGCGUGUUGAAAAUUGCCGAUUUCGGCUUGGCUAGAGGCUACUAUGGCGCUCCUCCGAAUCUGAAAUAUCCAGGUGGUGCCGGGGUAGAAGCCAAGUAUACCUCGGUGGUGGUAACCCGGUGGUAUCGUGCUCCCGAGUUAGUUUUAGGGGACAAGUUCUAUACUACUGCAGUGGACAUGUGGGGCGUAGGAUGUGUUUUUGGUGAAAUUUUCGAAAAGAAACCGAUCUUACAGGGACAAACUGAUAUUGAUCAGGGACACGUCAUCUUCAAGCUUCUAGGUACGCCCGAUGAAGAACAAUGGCCACUUGCACGCUACCUUCCUGGUGCAGAACUUACCAGGACGUCAUAUGCUGGGAACUUACGUGACAGGUUUGGUCCUCACCUCAGCCCGACAGGCCUUGAUCUUCUAACUAAGCUUCUAAGCUUGGAUCCCUAUAAACGAUUGACAGCUAUGGCGGCAAAGCAUCAUCCUUUUUUUACCGAAGAACCGCUGCCCGAAACUGUGCUUCAAUUGCCAUGUGAAGAGUGCCACGAAGCGGAUAUCAAAAGAUAUAAACAAGAGCAGAACAAAUCUUUAAGCCAGCAACCCCCUCCUGCCCCACAAGGACACGUAGCAGAGACGUCCAUGUCUACCACGCCACAGCUGCCGAAGGGCCCCAAGGGCUCUAACCACUACAGAGGUGGUCUCAAGCAAGGCGCGGCUUCAAGAGAUUUUAAUGAGACUAAACGUGGUGGCGCCAGAAAUGGCAUUGUAACCAACCAGCCCUCUGACAGUAACUCUAGAGAUGAGGCUGGAGUUUCCGAGUUGCCUCGAGUUAGUCGUUAUUCCGGCGCAUCUCAAACGAACAGUCAUGGGAUUUCCCACCGAAGCGAAAGUCGUUUCAACAACGCACCCAGAAGCCGUUUCUCGGGCAGUGGCAGUGCGGAUGCCUACCAAAGGGGGGCUGUAUCGAAGUCGGGUUUGCAUAAAAGCUACGCAGAUCCCGAGAAAAACGGACAUCCUUUUUCAUACGACACAUCAGCGGUGGGCCAAGAUCGGGCCCCGGCUUUUCCAAAAGGUUCAAGAUAUGGAGGCAGCAGCGGGCUACCCAGAGAUCCAAGACUGUACGUAGGAGGUCAGGUGGGUCCCGCGGCUGACAAAAGAAAUGCGAAUGAGACUCCGCUUGGCAGAUCGGACAAACACAAGUCUUUUCUUCCACAAGAGUCCAUUAAUGGUCAGGCAAGAGGACCAGACCAAUCUUCAAGAAGAUUAUUUCGUCAAGACAAUAAAGCAGAUCAAGCCCAACCCCGUCAAACUUACAAAUCGGCGAAAGAAGAUAUCGCUGACCUGUAUUAG